AUGUCUUCCUCACAACCAUUUUUUGCCUCUUCGCCCAUCUCCCCCGCCGCGGGCCGCAGACGCAAGUCUCGAUUCACCUACAAGCAUCUCGCCCAACUUGCUCUCUCCUCUAACACAUGUCCGCUUCGAGUCAUUGCCCACAUAGACUUGGAUGCGUUCUAUGCACAAUGCGAAGGUGUACGGUUAUGCAUUCCGGAGGAGCAGCCCCUCGCCGUUCAACAAUGGCAAGGCCUCAUUGCGAUCAAUUACCCGGCCAGGAAGUUUGGCCUCAACAGGCAUAUUACUAUCACGGAAGCAAGAAAACUUUGUCCGGACCUAAUCAUGCAACAUGUGGCGACUUGGAAGGAAGGAGAUGAGAAGUGGGCUUACCACAAAGAUGCUUUCGCCCAUAUUGCCACCCACAAAGUUUCACUCGAUCCAUAUCGGCUCGAGUCGAGAAGGAUCCUGGCCUGUAUAAAGGAUGUGCUACCAGCACCGCCACUGCAAAGAGUCGAGAAGGCUAGUGUAGACGAGGUCUUCCUGGACCUGUCAUCCCAGAUACAUUCUAUCCUCCUCGAGAGAUACCCAGAGAUCAGUGGUCCAGCCCCAUAUGACGACCCAACCGAAUUUCUGCCUCGGCCUCCCACUACAGCGCUCGAUUGGAAUACAGAUGCUUUAGUGGAUCUGGACUCUUUAGAAACAGAAGAUGAUGAUCCCGAUUGGGACGAUAUUGCUAUAUUGCUUGGAUCUGAGAUUGUACGCUCAGUACGUGCUGCUGUUCGAGAGCGACUGAAGUAUACUUGCUCUGCCGGAAUAGCUCGGAACAAAAUGAUUGCCAAACUGGGAUCGGCGCACAAAAAGCCCAACCAGCAAACUAUUGUACGAAAUCGGGCAGUGCAGCAAUUUAUGGGCGGUUUCAAAUUCACUAAGAUUCGGAAUUUGGGUGGAAAACUAGGCGAUGAAGUGGUCAAUAAAUUUGGAACGGAUCAAGUCAAGGAAUUGCUCGCAGCACCUAUCGAGCAAUUGAAAUCCAAGUUAGGAGACGACACCGGAACUUGGGUCUACCAUAUCAUUCGCGGCGAGGAUUCGAGCGAAGUUAACGCUCGGACCCAGAUAAAGUCUAUGCUCUCGGCCAAAUCAUUUCGUCCUACCAUUAAUACCUCCGAACAAGCAGUCAGAUGGCUACGGAUAUUCGUAGCCGAUAUACAGUCUAGACUGGUGGAGGAAGGUGUACUCGAGAACAAACGGAGACCAAAAGUUCUCAGUCUACACCAUCGUCAAGGCGCACAAAUGCGGUCACGCCAAGCUUCUAUUCCUAGUGGGAGGCCUAUUGACGAGACCUUGCUCUUCGACAUUGCCAAGAAUCUUCUCGGCCAGAUUGUUAUAGACGGCAGAGCUUGGCCUUGUAGUAACCUACAGCUAAGCGUUGGUGGUUUCGAAGAUGGGCCAACCGGCAAUCGUGGCAUAGGAAGCUUCCUGGUCAGAGGAGAGGAAGCCAAAGCCAUGAUGCCCAGUACCCGUGAUGCUGAUGGCUACGAAUGGGGUAAGGAGAACGAUGAGCCCGACAAGAGACGGAAACUCGAUCAUGGAGCGAUUCAACAUUUCUUCUCAAGGCAAGAAAGCCACGAAGAGGAACUUUCCGAUGCUCAGAAUGCGGAUCUAGAAGAAGCGGAUUCUUUGUCACCACAAGACACGGGUCCGGCUAAGCAAGACGAAGACGAAUCGGUAAUUACUCUGGAUGAGAUGGCUGGGAGGAGCGCAGGAGCCCCAUUCCACCAGGCUCCUAUAACGACGUAUUUCUGUGAUGCGUGCGGAAAGAAAUUUCCGAUGGCAGUUAAGGAGGAGCAUGAAGACUGGCACUUGGCGCGGGAACUUCAAGCUAAAGAAAAGUCUAUUUUUUCUCGAUCAGAUCCCCAUAGGAGCGCUUCAUCUUCAGGGUCCAACAAAAAGUCCGUGGUCGCCAAAGGAAGUAAUGGCGCCAUGCAAAAGAAGAUGGAGAAGGGUCAAAGUCGAUUGGCGUUCGGUACCUAA